AUGGCGCCAUCAUGUUGUACGAUUCCUUCGUGGAUCACCGGGCAGUGGAGCAUCGGGGUGAGAAGGACCGAUAUGUUCUCUACUACGAGUUCGAGACUCGGGGCAUUUUCACUGGCUAUGUCGAUGGGCACUUUGGUCAAGAGGCUUUGCAAUCCGAGCACGACUUUCGAGAAGUGGUGGAUCCCGUACUGCGACGCCAUGUGGCGGCAGACGUGGCGUGUCGGUGAAGUCCGCGGCGAAGCAGUCUGGAUGCCCACUUAUGACAUCGAAGGAGUCUCAGUGGAGUUUCCUCAUGAGGCCUAUGACUGCCAGCUGGAGUACAUGCGCUCAGUUGUGAGGGCGCUGGAACAUGGGGAGAACGCCCUUCUGGAGUCCCCGACGGGCACGGGGAAGACGCUCGCCUUGCUUUGCGCUUCUUUGGGUUGGAGACGGCACCGGAAGGAGGCCGCGGAGGCGGCGAAGACCAACUGGGAAGCGCAUGCAGAGGGGAAGUCGUUCAACGUCCCAAACAUCUUCUACUCCUCCAGGACUCACACACAGCUCAAACAGGUCAUGAAGGAGUUGAAGCAGACGAGUUACAAGCCUUCCAGUGUGAUCUUGGGAUCUCGACAGCACUUUUGCCUCCACAGCUCGGUGAUGCGGCACAGCGGCGCACGGCAGAACGCCCUGUGUCGCCGUGCGGUGGAUGAGCACAAGUGCCCAUUCUACAUUGGUUUUCGAAAGUGCGGCAGCAAGGUCUCCACCGCGGUGAAAGACAUUGAGGAAAUCGUCGAAAGCUGCAAAGAGUCCACUGUGUGCCCGUACUUCAAGGUGCGUGAAGAUGCCAAAGAUGCGGAGUUGCUCUUGUUGCCCUAUGACUACUUGAUAGGCCAAGGAACCAGAGAGUCCUUGCAAGUUUCUUUGAAGAACAGCAUCCUAAUAUUUGAUGAAGGCCACAACAUCGAGCGAUCCUGUGAGGAAAACGCCUCCUUUGAGUUGACCCAGGCAGACAUCGCUGGUGCCAUCGGGGAGCUGGAGGAUGCCUUCGACCUGGUGGAGCAAGGCCAGGUCGAUGAGGAAGUCCUGAAGGACAUGCCGUGCGAUGCCUUUUUGAAGCUUCUGAAUCUGGUGAAGAAGCACCUGUUUGCUUUGGAGGAUGCCAUCUCAGAGGAGAAGUUGGAGAAGGACGCAGUGACCGAGCGAAUGAUGCGGAAGGCUCCCGGUAGCCGAGUGCUCGCGCUUUUGUCCAAGCCCGGGCAGAGAGGCAUCGCCACUGAGAAGGAGGACCCUUUUGCGCAACUGCAGCGACAAAACGAUCGGAUGCGGAAGACUUGCGGUGGUUGGGUGGAUGAGACUGAUGGAGGGAAGCGAGGGGCAUGGCGAUUAUGA